UUUAUACUUUUAUAACAAACCAAAGUAAGUUUCCUCAAUCAAGUGACUUGUGUGCGAUCGGGUGUGGCAAUUGUUUUCUCGUGUUUUGUUUGUGAUGAAUUCCAUGGACUGUUUGAUGUGUAGUUAGAAAAAACACGUGAAUGGGUGGGGCAUUCCUAAAUCAAAUUGGAAGUCCAUUCUUCGGCGGUUGGCUCAUGAAAUAUGUAGAAGUUACCGGUUUUGUAACGGACAAAUCUUUGUUCCAUUCACAAAGCCUUAUUUGGUCCGAGUUCAACUGUAAGAUACGGUAUUCUUGAGGUUUCUCUGUGAUAGAUAAAGCAGUGUAUGAUUGACAGUGAAGUUAAAAAGUUCUCCUGAAAAAAAGUGAACUUGUAAAUUUGUACAAUACAAUCGUAAGCAGUUUUUAUUGUACAUGUUUUGUAGAAAAUUGAGAUGAAAUUUUUUUUCACAAAUAGCGUACACUCAAGGAUAUCUAAUAUUGAUAGUUUUUUUUUAUUUUUUUAUAGUUUGCAUUUUGGGUGUCGUUAAAAACUGCUAUUCAUAGAAAAAAGAAAACCACAGAUUCAUAGCUAAUGCUAAUCUUGAAAUGAUGAUUUUUUGAAAUUCUGCUUUUACUCCAUACAGAAAACACAAUUACAUGAGCCAACACUGAAUUCUACACAAAUCACUCUUGGAUAUUUUAAUUUUUUGCGAAAUUUUAUUGAAAUCAGUGUACAGUUAGCGCAAAAAUAAUUGCGCGAUGUUCUUCCUUUGUUAGGCAAAAUUGAAUCAAUGUGGCAAUCAUGCAAUGAAUGAUUUCUUGUGAAGACGUCCUCCGCGAAUCAAUAUCAAUCCUACUUUUGGGCGCUGAAGGAAAAAAUUACUAACAAACAGUCAACAUGUGUGACGAAGAAGUUGCCGCGCUCGUAGUAGACAAUGGAUCCGGUAUGUGCAAAGCUGGCUUUGCUGGUGAUGAUGCACCUAGGGCAGUAUUCCCAUCCAUCGUGGGCCGUCCAAGGCAUCAAGGUGUGAUGGUAGGAAUGGGACAGAAAGACUCAUAUGUAGGAGAUGAGGCACAGAGCAAAAGAGGUAUCCUCACUUUAAAAUACCCCAUCGAGCAUGGUAUUGUCACAAACUGGGAUGACAUGGAGAAGAUCUGGCAUCACACCUUCUACAAUGAACUGAGAGUAGCCCCAGAAGAGCACCCCGUACUGUUGACUGAAGCUCCACUGAACCCAAAAGCCAACAGGGAAAAGAUGACACAGAUCAUGUUUGAGACCUUCAACACACCCGCCAUGUAUGUUGCCAUCCAGGCUGUACUGUCCCUGUAUGCUUCUGGUCGUACCACUGGUAUCGUGCUUGACUCUGGUGAUGGUGUCUCGCACACGGUACCCAUCUACGAAGGAUACGCCCUUCCCCACGCCAUCUUGCGUCUGGAUUUGGCCGGUCGUGACCUCACAGAUUACCUCAUGAAGAUCCUCACCGAGAGGGGCUACUCAUUCACCACCACUGCUGAGAGGGAAAUUGUUAGGGAUAUCAAAGAGAAGCUGUGCUACGUAGCGUUGGACUUUGAACAGGAAAUGGCCACCGCUGCCAGCUCCAGCUCAUUGGAAAAGAGCUAUGAACUUCCCGAUGGACAGGUCAUCACCAUUGGAAAUGAAAGGUUCCGUUGCCCAGAAGCGCUGUUCCAGCCUUCAUUCUUGGGUAUGGAAGCGUGCGGCAUCCACGAAACCACUUACAACUCGAUCAUGAAGUGCGACGUGGACAUCCGUAAGGACCUGUACGCCAACACUGUCCUCUCUGGAGGCACCACCAUGUACCCAGGCAUCGCCGACAGGAUGCAGAAGGAAAUCACAGCAUUGGCCCCAUCCACAAUGAAGAUCAAGAUCAUCGCACCCCCAGAAAGGAAAUACUCCGUAUGGAUCGGUGGAUCCAUCCUCGCUUCCCUGUCCACCUUCCAGCAAAUGUGGAUCUCCAAACAGGAAUACGACGAGUCCGGUCCGUCAAUCGUGCACAGGAAGUGCUUCUAAUUUCAUAUUCGUUGUACACUUCAUGUCAUUCCGUUUUUCAUUGAUAUACAUUUCGUACUACGACUGACCUCUUGGUAUGAGGUCGGUCAGAACUGCCGUGUUUUAUGGGAGAUUCAAUAAGUUUGAGUGACCAUAAAAUUUUGUUUAUGUUUGCACUCUAGCCAAAGUAUUAUUACUUAAUUUUGUAAUAAUUUAUUACAUGUGCAGAAUAAGACUCUUAUUAUUAUUAUAUUAUUAUUAGGCUAAUACAUAUGGGAUAAUAAAAAAAUUGUAAAACUUUCCUGUAUCGUAAUUUAUUUUACCUUUGUAUAAAAAUAAAUAGAAAGCUUUUAAAUAUUGGUUUCAA